AACAAUUCUUUCUCCUAAGAACUUGAAUAUGCCUAUUAGACCUCAAGAAAGUUAUUCUCAAGGCUUACGAAAACGAGCAGCUUCCUUGGAGGAAAACGCCCAAAGAGAUGGCGACGAUGAAGCGAAUAAACUAAUUGUCAACUCAAAAAACUCCUCGAAGAAUAAAGUGUUGGAAGCUAAUGACUUGUUGGACGAAGACAAAAAGUCGCUUCAUCACGGGAGGCAACCAAGGACAUUGACGAGUCGUUCUCCUAGAAGAGAUAUUCUCUCUUUGGAAAGACAUAGAACUUGUUCAGUAACUGGUGAGCCUCCCGUACCUACGAGAAAGUUUACUGCCUCACCUUUACUUCGUACUUGCUGUUUGUUGUUAUCCGGCUCUCUCGUACUGUUUAUGACCAGCUUUGCAGUAUAUCUAAGAAAUUAUAUGGCUGCAGCUCAUUCCGUUUCUUUUGUUUUUGUGACUUGUUUGUUUUUCGGUCCAGUAUCAUUUGCAGCAGUUAUUAUUGGUUUACACGGUUGUUGUGCAGCCAAUGUAUCCAUCUCUAAAGCUUCAUCCAAAACUAUUCGUAUGACUAUGGCUAUAUUUCUCAUUUAUCUUGUGAUCAUUUAUAUUUUUCCUUUUGAUCGUCAAGAAUGGUAUGAAAAUACUGCCAAACAAGCUUACAACCGGUGGAUGCAUAGCAGCAGUUCCAAGUCGAACAAUACAUUUGUAGAUCCUCAAGACUAUUUCCUAUCCAAGUUUUUGGAAAGUUACAAGUUUCGUAUAUUAUCAUAUAAUAUUUUUAUUAGGCCUCCUGGAGUCACCAGUAACGGAAAUGAUUACAAGGACGAAAGACUUGUUCGUUUUCUCUCGCACAUGAUGCGUUAUGAUAUUAUUUGUUUACAAGAGUUGUUUACUUUGGGAAGUGAUCGAUGGCAAGCUCUUACAAAAGCAGCACGAAUAUUUGGUUUCUAUUAUGAAGCACAUUUAAAACGCAAUCUAUUUUCAUGGUUACCCAAAGUUGUAGAUGGAGGAGUAACCAUUUUAAGCAAAUUUCCAAUCGUGGCUACAGACUCCAUAUUCUUUAAGCGUUCCAGUUAUUCUACCAUCGACUGCAUCGUAGCCAAAGGAGUCUUAUAUGCCAAAAUAGAGUUGCCCUUUGUAGAACCUCGUUAUCUUCAUUUAUUUUCUACACAUUUACAAGCUGGAGAUGAACCUUUGGAAGAAAUGAUGAAUAUCAAAUUGACUCAAUUGGAACAAGCACGAGAGUUUAUUUACUCCAAAUUGAAUUCCGAAAGGAAAGAGUUGGUCGUGUUCUGUGGAGACUUGAAUGUGAAUGGACGAAUGAGUGUUGUCGAUGGAAGAGAUAGUAAAGAAUAUUUUAAGAUGAUGCAGUUGCUCUCCGCUUCUUCUUCAUCAUCUGGAUAUUCAAAAAUACCUUCCUUAAGAUGGAAAGAUGUCAUUAGAGAUAGUUAUCAAGGUAUGCAUCCAGUGACCGUUGGUGAUGCAGAUGUAGAUGAAUAUGGUCAAUUAUUGCGUACUUGGGAACUUCAGUUGGCUUCCAAAGGGGAUCGGGGUUGUCGUAAGAGAUUGGAUUAUAUUUUAUUCGAUCCACGAAACAGUGGAUUGGAUAUUUCUAAUAAGAGUAGUUCGAAAGUGGAGACUUUCUUUGUUUCCGAAUUAACUGGAUGUGAACAGACCAGAUAUUGAAAAUAGUAGACAACUUGCAUUUGUUCAACUUUCUGAU